CUAAGAACACUAGACAACCUAGACAAAAACCUAGGAAUGAAAACGUUCAUGGUAGACAACCUAAGAAAAAUUAUCAAAAUGUUUUUGUGCAUAAAAAUAUUUUUUCUCAAAAUAGAAGAGACAAUAUGAGAACACCUAGAAAUGAUCCUUUUGAAAACAUGCAUAAACCAUCCUUUUCUCAAAAUAGGACAAACAUGCGUAUACCACUUAUUUCUUCAAUCUUUCUUCAAAAACGCCUCAAUCAUGGCCGGAGGAAGAUCAAAGUCAAAGGCUUCCAAGAAGGAAAGCACCGCCGAACCCUCAAGCUCCGCGCCUCCUCCGUUCCCAUAUUUGGACGGAUCGUUUCUUGAGUUCGGGUCGGAGGAGGAACUCAACCGGUUCCUCACGCACUUUGCCAAGCGUCCCAUUUCUCCGCCUAGGGUGCUGCCCGAGUUGUACCCUCAACAAAAGGGGUACCACGACCUCGACAAUCAGCUUCAAGCAUCGGGUCUGUGGUCGUUCGUCUCCAGGAGCCGCUCGAGCUUCAAUCCCGCCUUUGUACGAGCCUUCUACUCCAAUCUCCGCCGUGACGGGGACACCAUUCGUAGCAGCAUCAAUCUCUACGACAUAGAGAUUGAUUUGCCUACCUUUGCUCGGGUCGCAGGGCUGCCCAUCCGCGGUGACGACAUCGCAACCUAUGGUGGCGACGAUUGGAUCCUCAACAACGAGGCGGUCGUCAUUCGUGAGCUUGGGAUCACCAACUUGAUCCGCCACAGCGGCGCACCGACGAUUCACUCGGCCCCACCGGACAAGCGCCUCCUCCUCUACAUCAUCACCCGGAUUCUCCGCCCCCGGGACAGCAGCCAUACCUCGCUCUUCAACGAGGACUUGAAGGCGAUUCAUGCCAUCAUCCACGGCGCCUCCAUCAAUUGGGCGAAAUUCGUGAUGAUCCACAUGGCGGAUUGCGCCUCCAUCGCCACUGAGCGGAGCUUGCCAUACGCCUUCCUCGUCAUGGACCUCAUCAUCUCCGCCGACAUCUCCAUCNUGCAUCCAAACAACAUUAUUUUUCAUAGCUUUCUAGAGCCAAUUUGUGAAGUUUGAGUUGUUCUUGAGUGUAUAUAGUUUACUCAACAUCCACUCUUAAAGAGAGUCUUGUUCUUGAGUGUUCUUAGUGUUGUAAACACGUUUAGGGAAGCUUGUUUCCCUUGGUUGUACGAAGGAAAGGUAUUUUCCUUCGGGUUGAAGUCUUGGAGUGCGGUAUCUCCGAGCAAGUGUAUUGAGGCUCGUGGGACUCGAGUUCUCAAGUUGUAACGG